GAAGGGGGAGGGGCUGCCAGUGGAUCGGGGCUGCGCGAUUGCAACGCGGGCAGCGGCUUGUCGGCUACAUGCGAGAGGCGUCGAUUUGGAAGAUCCACGGGGGCAGGCGAGGCGGAUGGCGGCUGGGGAAGCGUCUGUGAACGGGGAGGCGGAGAAUGCCGCGAGUGAGGAGACUGUUUCACCCGGCCGUCGUGACUGCCUCAUCUCAUCACGCUGUUGUCCCGUGGCCGCCUUCGAACUACUGCCCGUGUGAUUGUUGUGGCGUUGAGAGGCAGACGCCAAUGACAUCGGCCCUGACACACGCGGCCCUGUCGUCUUCGGAGCGGCAUCCUGGGCUUGCAGACUUGAGGCGAAGCGGGCGAAUAAGGGGGGCGGAGCGGCGUUCAGAAGGGGCGGCGGCGGGGGAUUGUCGGCUGGAGGCGGACCCGGGUCCACCUUCUUUUUGCGGAGGAAGCCAGCCAUCACACAAGUAGGGGAUUAUGUUGAGAGAUGGGCGGGGUGUCGAUCCCAACUACCAUGUAGGUGUGGAGGGGAUGCCGCACGCGCAGGCCGUAACAGCAGAAAAGUGUGGUUGUGAUGAAGUCGUGAUCGACGUCGAUGAAAAC